AUGGACUCGUCGCCUCACGCACUGCUCCUGCCGUACCCUGCACAAGGCCAUGUCAUCCCCUUCAUGGCGCUCGCCCACUGCUUUGUGAACCACGGCUUCAAGGUCACCUUCGUCGACACUGAGUUCAGCCACGCGCGCCUUGUCGCCGCCUUGGCCGACAUGGAGCAGGCUGCUUCGGGCCGAAUUGAGCUCGUCUCCAUCCCGGACGGGCUGGAGCUGGAAGACUCCGGCAUGCGCAACGACCACGGGAAGCUGAUGGCGGGCCUCCAGAAGGCCAUGCCGCCUUGCCUGGAGGAGCUGAUCCGUAGGAGCGGCGACGCCGGCGAUCAGAUCACGUGCAUGAUCGCCUUCCAGGGCAUGGCCUGGGCGCUGGAGGUCGCGAAGAAGAUGGGCGUCCGGACAGCGGCGUUCUGGCCUGCGUCGGCGGCGGUGCUCGCCACGAUACUGAGCAUCCCGGAGCUGAUCGCGCGAGGCGUCAUCGACGAGAAUGGUAACAGCGCAUAG